AUGGCCUCGAAAAAUGAUUCCUAUAUAAUAAUCGGAGCUGGAGUGUUUGGCGUCUCAACUGCUCUCCAUCUGAUCAAAAAGUAUCCCAAUGCCUCCGUCACCCUGGUUGACCGCGACGCAUUCGACGCCGACAGUCGUGUCGCAGCCUCGUGGGACUGGAACAAGGUGGUCCGGGCCGACUACGACGACAUCGUAUACUGCCAGCUCGCCCUGGAGGCGCAAGACGUCUUCAACUCUGAUCCGCUCUGGAAGCCUCACUUUCACGAGACGGGCAUCUUUUGGAUGGCGCGCGACGACUACGCCGACGACGUCAUUCGCAACUACCAGACCCUCGGCAGAAAGGCCGACCUGGCCCGCGUGUCCGUCGGCGAGGCCCGCAAGAUGCACGGCGGCGUGUUUCAGAAUGCCGACUACAGCGGCGUCAAGAAUGUCUUGGUUAACAAGACGAGCGGCUGGGUGGCCGCGGGCGACUGUCUGCGCAGCGUGACGCGAGCUGCCAUUGCGCUUGGCGUCGAGUAUGUCGUUGCCGAGGUUGCGACCUUGACGCUGGGACAGGAUGGGGAGUGCACAGGUGCCAUUACGAAAUCAGGCGAGAUCCUGACUGCAUCUCACACUGUUCUGUGCACGGGUGCAUACACGCCAAAACUGCUAGACCUUUCCGCGACUGAGACGGGCGUGUCGGAGCUUAGAGCCGGGAACCGCAUUGUCGCGGGCGGCAUCACAACUGGCAUGACGACGCUCAAUGACAGCGAUUUUGCCAGGCACGAGAAGAUGCCUGUUGGUGUGCAGUGGUACUCUACUUAUGCCCCCUUCAUCGGCAGCCUUCCCCCAACUCCCGACCGUGAGCUGAAGUGGUGGGGGCAAACCAUCUUUAGAAAUACUACAGAGGUUGCUCCAGGACGACUCAUCUCCAUGCCUCCGCCGCAGGAGGAUUACAACCAAUGGAUUGUUUCCGAGAAACUAAAGCACGAUAUCCGACAUGCCAGCCACGUCUUUUACGGAGAGCCCAGUAAAAGCUGGAAGCUGGACAAGUAUCGCAUCUGCUGGGACGCCUUUACUACAAGCUCCGACUUUAUCGUCUCGCCACACGCCGCCGCCAAGGGUUUGUAUCUAGCGACUUGCGGGUCUUUUCACGGCUACAAAUUCUUUCCAGUUUUGGGCAAGUAUGUCGUGCAGAUGCUCGAGGGCGAUUUAUCUGCAGAGCUGCAGGCCAAGUGGGCAUGGGACCGCCAGCGCCCCGACCCAGCGCGAAACCCAGACUGGCCACGGGUGGAAAUGAGGAGUUAUUUGGACAAUAAUCUGACUGCAAAGCUGUAG